AAAACAGUGUGGCAGGUAUUUUUUGUUGUUGUUUUGGUUUUAGAACUUGCAAGGCACGAUAGACUCCACAGUUCAAGAUCAAAAUAAUACCUCAACAGUCCAAACAGGGCUCGAAGCAAGGACAUCCCAGCCCAGAGCAGGACAAUGGCCUCUCUCAAGUGGUGCCAGAAGAUAGGGACAGUUGUCAAAAAUCAGCUGGGGAAACAAACUUAAUGGAGAAGCAGGUGAUCUUGGCACAGGAAAUUGCAGAAACAGAGGAAGAAGAAGAUGAGGAGAGUGUUCCUCAUAAAAGUGAAGAAAAUGAGCAUGCAGAACAGGGACUAAGAAUUAUGCAGUCAGCAUCCAAGAGCAGCGAGGCAGAAAGUGCUGAAAUUGCCACGGAGAUUUUCUCCACUGCUAGUGGAAACACUUUUACUGUUCUUGGAGUUGAAGAGGCAGGAAAGACUGACAUCACAGAGAGUUACCUUACAAGUUUUGAAAAAGAAGAAUCCCUUCCUAUGUAUCUGAAAUAUGUACUUCUCACAGAAGCCAUGUUUGUCAAGCUGAAGGAAAGGAUUCGCCUCUGCUUUUUUGAGCACUUGGAGAAAUGGUUUGCAGAAUCCUUGUCAAACUCCUAUGUCUUUGUAGCUGCCAAGAAAGAGGAGCUGAAUUCAAAACUUCUGCUGCAUCUUAAGUUGCAUCAAGGAAAGCAGGAGGAUAUACAGACAAAAAUCUACAAUGUUCGAGCUGAGGAACUGUCACUUCACAAAGAGCAUCUUGAGCGCCACUGUGCAGUACUGGCAGAAGGCCUGGAAAAGGAGAGAGCUGAAUUCCUCAGAUUUUCAGGCCAGCUAAAUAACCUCAACACACACUUCAAUUCCCGAGUCAGUCACUUGGAGUUUGAGUUGCUCCACGCUCCUGUGACUGAGCAAUUAUUUUCAGAGGUCGGUAACUUUUCUUCUGAGGAGGUAAAGUUUUUCAGCAAGUGUCUUCAGAAAGAAAGUAAAGAAAUUGACUCCUUUGAAAGUUCAAUCAAAACAGAUGUGGAGCAAAUAAAAUCGAGCUGCUUGGAGCAGGCUACAGAACUGUUCAAGCAGUCUCAAAAAAGGUUUGCUUCUCUCUCUCUGAGUCGAGCCUUUAUGAGGAAGGUCCCUCAAUCUUUGAGGAGGUUACGACAGCAAAUCAAAUCAGAGGUAGCGAAUUCCAAUUUGCAGUCAGCCACAUGAAAGUCUUACCUGGAAAAGCUCCAGCAGAAGAGAGAUGCUUAUGUUUGUUCUACUGCAGAUAAAGAAGUAACUUCUCAUCAGCAUAAAAUGGCUUUAACUUCUGAAAAGUUGUAUGAUUUAGCCAGAGA